UGUUUGUGAGUUUGAGUUCUGAUUAUAUAAGAAACACUUACGGAUUUGAGUAGUAAAAGCAAAAAGAUUUUUGAAAUUCAUCGAGGAAACUCCGACUGCAAUACAUUUUUUGUGCAACCAAACGCGGUUUACCUGGAAUGGAAGCGUCUGGCUCAAAUGUACCAAAGUGUGACGAAGAAGAGAAAGCAUUGAAGGGUUUGCUCGAUGCAUUUAGUACUACAUUUUCUCUUGAUGAAAUAGCUUCUGCUUAUUGCAAGGCAGGCCGUAAUGCAGAUUUGGCUGCUGAGGUUCUGUUUGACAUGCAGGGUAGUACCCCUACAUCUGCUACUUAUGCGUCUAAUGGUGAGGCAAAGGGUGAAGAAUCUUUGGAAUCUUCCUCUGGUAACUUUUCUGAGAAGUUGGGUCAAGCAAGUGGAAACUCUAGAGCUUCAAAGCCAAAGAGCCGAUCAGUUUCCGGAGGUACUGUUUCAAGCAUUCUUGGGGAAGAUUAUAUCAGGUCCACCCCAUCAGCAAAUGGGUCUUGUAAGGUGAGCAAACCAAUCAGUAAGGUCUGGAGAGUGGCAUCGAGGUCUGAGCUUUCGGAAGUUGAAGUUAAGUCAGGUUCUCCAAAGGAUGCUCGAAUGCACCAGGACAUGGAAGAUUUGGCUGCUGAGGAUCUGUUUGACAUGCAGGGUAGUAACUCUACAUCUGUUACUUGUGUGUCUAAUGGUGAGGCAAAGGGUGAAGAAUCUUUGGAAUCUUCCUGUGGUAACUUUUCUGAGAAGUUGGGUCAAGCAAGUGGAAAUUCUAGAGCUUCAAAGCCAAAAAGUUCAGUUUCCGGAGGUAGUGUUUCAAGCAUUCUUGGUAAAGAUUAUAUCAGGUCCAUCCCAUCAGCAAAUGGGCCUUGUAAUGUGAGCAAACCAAUCAGAAAGGUCUGGAGAGUGGUACAGAUGUCUGAGCUUUCGGAAGUUGAAGCUAAGUCAGGUGCUCCGAAGGAUGAACCAAUGCGCCAGGACAUGGCAGAUCUUCUUUUCAGAAUGCUUGGAGAUGGGUUCAAGCUGGAUAGGGAUUUGAUUCUACAAGUUCUUGAUUAUUGUGGAUAUGAUAUGCAAGAGUGCAUGGAUAAACUACUUGAUUUAUCAGGGGUGACUUUAGACAAAAGGAACAAUUUUGUUGGUGAAUCUACCGAAAAGUUUACAGAUAUGGGUUCAAAAGUUGAAGUACUUUCACAUGAAAGAAAGCUGCAAUACAUAAAUCAUCCUGGAAGCAAUGGACAUGGUGUAGAGCCAUUUGUAGAACUCAAAGAGAAAAAUGAUCUCCAGAAGGAAGUUUUGGUUGCCUUAUUUAAUGCUCCUGAGAGUCGUAAUGAGUUUCCUAGAAGAACAAAGGCGGUGAAGAGACGUGCAGCACUUGAGCAAGUGGUGGAUGAAACUUCAAUGGACUUUAACAUAGAUCAAAAUGAAACUGUGAUGUACUUACAGAAAGAUAAUGAGGAUGAUGAGGAUGAAGGGGAUGGUUAUCAGGUUCUUCGUAGAGCUUGGAAGGAGUAUCGGGGCACCAUGAAAGAAUAUAUUCAAGCUGCUGUUGAUGCAAUUUCUAAGAGGGAUCACGUACGAGCAGAAAAACUUCUACAACAGGCAUAUUUUUUUGGCAAAAAGGCUCGUGAAGCAGAUGAAGAAUCCAAUAGAAUAAAUUUAGAAUCUAGAAAUGUGGAGGCAGAAGAUGAAAUGCUGCUCGACUUGCAUGACCUUGGUGCCAAGGAGGCGGUGCGUCUUCUGAAAUGUCAUCUUUCUUCACUCUGGGGAAUCCCGUCACUCAAGCACCUUAAGGUCAUCAUUGAGACAAAUGAUGAAGAUAUUACCAAAGGAUCUCGUAGAAAACUGGUUGUUAAGCUAUUGGAGAAGGAAUCCAUUAAAUGGACUGAAGAAGGAAAUGCUGGAACAAUACUAAUCCGCAUGGACAAUAUCAACAAAAAACGUUUGAGUUUUGUCAAAAAAUAAUGCGGAUCAUAGAGGUAAAAUUAUCAAUUAUUGAACCACUAUAAGUAAUAUAAAGGUCAUUACAAAAAAUUUAAAUUUGGUACAGUUUGAAGGCUUUAAGAGUUUUUUUGGUGAUUAGGUCAUAAUUUGUAUCAAAACUUAGCAUAUUUUUGGCUUCCUAUUGUAUUUAAACUAAAUGAGUUGAAUUUGAAGAAGCGAAGGAAUUGAAUAACCGAGUGCAUACAUUCUUUAGAAAACUUAUGAAGGGUGAAGCGUGAAAGUGGAAGGGGCAAUAAACAAUGAGGAGCAGAAAUUUUGAGAUGUAAUGACCUUGUUUCAAUGUAAUAUGUAGCGUGUUUUUCUUUGGGUU